GACUGGAGCAGUCGAGAGGGCGGCCUCCCGCCGCCUAGAGGCGCCGGCCGCUCGUCCGCUCUGCCUGUGCCCCGUCUCUAUGGCGGCCCCAACGGCCGUCCAGGACGUGGAGCGAAAUGAGCUCGGUCGCUGACGGCGGCGGUGGCGCUGCGGUGGCGGCGCGGUCGGACAAGGGCAGUGCCGGGGAGGACGGUUUCGUCCCGUCGGCGCUGGGGACCCGCGAGCAUUGGGAUGCUGUCUAUGAGAGAGAACUGCAAACUUUCCGAGAAUAUGGAGAUACAGGUGAAAUCUGGUUUGGAGAAGAGAGUAUGAAUCGACUAAUAAGGUGGAUGCAGAAACACAAGAUUCCACUGGAUGCUUCAGUGCUUGAUAUUGGAACUGGAAAUGGUGUUUUCCUGGUUGAACUUGCAAAAUUUGGUUUCUCUAAUAUUACUGGAAUUGAUUACUCUCCUUCUGCAAUUCAGCUUUCUGGAAGUAUUAUAGAAAAAGAAGGUUUAUCUAACAUUAAGUUAAAGGUAGAAGACUUUUUGAAUCUCUCCACACAGCUGUCUGGAUUUCAUAUUUGUAUUGACAAAGGGACUUUUGAUGCCAUAAGCCUUAAUCCUGACAAUGCAAUUGAGAAGAGGAAGCAAUAUGUGAAAUCUCUCUCCAGGGUGUUGAAAGUAAAAGGCUUUUUUCUAAUAACGUCAUGUAAUUGGACCAAGGAAGAGUUGCUAAAUGAAUUCAGUGAAGGAUUUGAACUUUUUGAAGAGCUGCCAACACCCAAGUUCAGCUUUGGAGGCAGAUCUGGAAACAGUGUAGCAGCAUUGGUUUUCCAAAAAAUGUGAGACUUUUUCUUGGACAAAUUCAGGUAGCUACACAGAAUCUACACAGCAAAGUUAACCUGACACAGAAAAUCCUUGUGCAAAUAAAUGCUUAGUAAGUACACAGGAUGCACAUGUUGAAUAGAGUAUACUGGAUUGGUGAAAGAAAAUAAUAAUAAUGAGCAUCUAAGUGGUUGGGUUUUAGAGAUCAAUCAAGAAUAAUUUUAAUUUUCUUUUGUAUUUGAAAUGUAAAUAGUUUUCUUUUUGAUUAAAAAAAUUUCCUGUAACUGCUAAACAGUUAAAAACUUUAAAGUAGUAAAUGAGUUUAUAGAAAGCAUGUAUUCUUGAUUUUUGUGCCUUGGUAAAGUUGAUAACUAUUUAUGAUUAUUUGACCAAAUUAUUCCAGCAUCAGAAUAAUAAGCAAAAUAACUUUGUUAGUGUUUUGUUAGACUGUUUAUGAAAUAUAACAAGAAAUACUAUUUUGUGUUGGAUGGUGGUUAUUUUUAAACUUAAUUAAUACCUGUGAAAAGGCCUCUUACCUUUAUGUAUAUAAUUAAACAAAAUCAGAGAAAUGUAUCAGUUGCUCAAGUUAUCAAGCCUGCAUUUUGCAGCUAUGGUCUUCUACACACUAUAAGGGUAGUAGAAGGAAAGAGAACUAAGGAAUAUUAUUAUUUGCUAGCGCUAUGUUAAGUUGUCUUAUUAAGUAAUUGAAUCCUUUCAAUAUCUUCUUGAUGUAUGUAUUGCUUGUUCUUGUUUCUACUUAUAAGGAAAAUGAAGCUGAGAGAAGUGAAGUCACUUUUAUGAGGUUCAAUAGUACAGGAUGGAGCCAGGAUUUUUAUCUGGGUCUGUCUGACUUUAAAACACAUACUCUUCUCCUAGCAUACUCUGCCUCACGGGUACUAAGUCUCUGCCUUUGUAGCAUUUACAGUACAGCUGGAGACCUAUGAUGAUUACAUAUAAAGUUCAGUUAGAAAAGAUGGGUAGUUAUUUUAUUAGUGUUCAUCUAUGGAGUAUCAGAAUAGCAGUCAGCCAACUCUGUCUCAUAUCAUCCUUCAUUACUUUUCCCCAUCUCCCUACUCAAAGACUUGCCUCUAUUAAGAAUUUUGUCAUUCUUCUGUGAAAGGGUAGUGUAAGUUAUAUAAGCCCUCAGUGAUACAUGCACAAAGAUGUUCUAGUUAGGGGCUAAUUUAGCAAGAGAAACAGUUUAUUAAUGUUUUUGAAAAGAUAAGUCAUAUUCAUACUUAAUACCAUUUUGUAUUUGUAAUAUUUUAAUAUUAGAGCCAAAUACAAAUUUUUGCAUAAUUUUUUGAUGAUUUUCAGCUUUGUGGGCCUAUUGGGUUACAUAACUGACUUUUUGUUUAUUUGGCAAAUGUUACUCCUGUAUUGAGUAAGUCUAACAUUACGUCCCUUUUCUUUUUGGGGACGGGUAGACGAAGGAGUGAGUUUUUCAUUUAGAUCAACAUUGAUCAACUAUUAAGACAAGAUAGUUGAAGAUAUGUAUGUGGACUUUCAACAAAAAUAACAUUUUUUGAAAAGCUUUUAUUUUCAACAUGUAAAAAGUGAGAAAUUACUUCAAAAUAUAUGCAAUUUAAAUUUUUUACAAAAUUGUGUUGAUUUUACAAGACAGGAGAUCUUGAACUGUAGAAAAUUUUAUGGUUUUUGAGAUCGGGUCUUUGUUUUUUUUUCCACAUUAAUAUUCUUUGAUUUCAAAUAUAACAUAGAUAAGUACUCUUAGAAUUUUGAGUUAAGUAUAUGCUAUUUUAAUGUGCUAAUCCUACAAACUAGGCUUUCUGUGUGACUAGACUGAGAUGUUGAGUUUGAUUCACAAAAUGCUUGGAAUGGUUCUUUGUUGAAAAGCUUUUCGAGUCACUAUUUGGGGCAUGUUUGUGCCAUUUGCAAAGGUGAAGGAUUUUUUUUUUUUUUUUUUUUAACCAUAGAGCCUUUGAUAAGGUUAGGAAAAGGAAGUUGUCGUCUCUUCUUAUUACUCUAAUCCUGCUGGAAGCUAACUUCUUAGGGACUAAAACCAGAACAAAUGGAAGGUCCAAAAAUGCUAAUAAGAAAUUAGUAUUUCCACAUAAUACCAAACUGUAAAAACCAGGCCAGCAAAUGUCCCCCACGUUCCUGAAACAAACCAUAAAUACAUUAUUUAACUUAGUAUUGUUAAAUUGUAUAAAUAUGUGGGUAACUGUGACAGAAAUUAUGCACUUAUAAAAAGGAGCAGUAAGUUACAUACUGAA